CCGUGGCACCUGUCACAUAGAGCAUUAGAGAUAUACAUUGGUUCGCCAAUUCGUACACACUGCCUGCCCUUUUCAUAGCCAUGUCACUGUUUAAGGUAAGAAAUUGGUGGAAAACGCAAUGCCCAACGAUCGAGCCGGCGUACGACUCGUUCUCGCUGCACUGUGCCCGGCUGUGCAUUGAGGAGGGCGAAAAGGACAGCCUGGUGGUCGGGUCACACACCGGCCAGCUGUGCAUCUAUCGCCCGUCGGGUGGCACCAACCUGCCCGAUCUGGACGCGGAGGAUGAUGAGCAGGGCAACGCGAACGGUAGCGCGAACGAGCUGGCCGAAAAUGUGUUCCAGCAUGCGGACGUCAUACUGGAGGUGCAGCUACCGCUUCCAGUGCUCGGUGUUAGCAGUGGCAAGUUUACCACUACGAAUAAAACCGACCCCCGGCUGCAGCUCGCCGUACUGCAUCCGAUGAAGCUGUGCAUCUACCAGCUGGUAACGGUCGAUGGGCUCGCAGACCAUGGCGAUCACACGCGUCUGGUCACCCUGUACGACCAUGCACUGUCGAAACCGGCCUUCUCGCUGUGCCACGGCCCGUUCGGUGGCGUCAAGGGGCGGGACUUUCUUUGCGUGCAGCAUCUGGACGGGUCGCUGCGGUUCUUCGAGCAGGACGGCAUUAGCUACGAGCGUACGCUGGCCACCGAUCGGUACAUACCGGCGCCGCUGCAUUAUGUGCCGCGGGUCGAUUGCUUCGUCACGGUCGCACCGAGCUGGGUGCUGGAGUGCUACCGCUACCAGGACGUGGCGGAAGCGCUCGAGACGUUGCGCCGCCACGACCCGAUCUGGGCGCUGUGCAUCGGGGAGUAUGCGCUCGAUCUGCAGGUGCAUCAAAUUUCCAACACGGAAUCCGUCAUUGUGAUCCUGGGCGAGAACAAUCUGCUGUGCGUGUCCGACACUGGGAAGGUUCGGUUCAUCAAAAAGCUCGACUACUCACCGGUUUGCUUUCACAGCUUCGUCACCGGAUGGUACUGGGAACCGGGCGCUCGAUUGAUGCUGGCAGUCGUCUCGGAAAGUGGAUCCCUGCUUCUGUACGAAAGCGAUCAAAUCAUCUGGUCGGCACAGCUCGGUCACGUACCGGUAGCCAUCGGCCGUGCCAAUGUGGCCGGCCUUCCCGGUGCGCUGGUAACGCUCGGGCCAACCGGUGCCCUCGCGGUAGGCUAUCUCGGCUCGGAGCCGCAGCUGUUCCGUGUGCCGGCCCUCAAUCUGGCCCCGUUCGAGAUUGCCCGCUGCCAGAAGGAGCUGCUCGAGCUGGAGCGCGAGAUCCGGGCCGGGGUGGAUCCGAGCGACGCUAGCAUUGCGAAUGCUGCCGCCGAGCGGGACGUCAAGCUGGAGGUUGCAAUCCAGGGCGAGCCGGUCCCAUGUACCGAGCAGCAGGUGACCGUGCUGCUGUCCUCUAGCGAAAUGUGCCAACUGAGCGUAACGGUGCGGGUGGAGCCGAAGCUCGAGAUGUUACAGCUGACGGUCGCUACCGAUCAGGCGAUCGGCUGCUCGAAGGAUGCGUUUCUGUUCCGCGACGUCGCGGCCCACAGCACGGAACGGUUCGAUGUGUGGCUGUACCCGGCCGUACCGACACUACCGGCCAGUCGUACCGCGACCGUCUACUGUUCCUACACCAACAAGCAGGGCAUUACGCGUGUGCUGGAGAGGAGCGUUCUGCUCCCGGUGCGGCUGUUCCUCAAGCCGGCACAACCGUCCAAGGAGGCACAGCACAAGCUAACGCUAACGGUCGUACCGCCGCCAGCGCAGCACACUGCCGGCAGCGUGCUCGGACGAUUGUUUCCAGAGUUUGCGCCCGAAGGCAGCAGUGCUAGUGCACUCGCCCUGCAGCCCGUUGCCGGUGGAGGAGAUGGGCGGAAAGUCACGAUAGUUGCGGCCAAAAGUACGAACCGCUUUCGGGUCCAGUCGGACGAGCUUGGUCUUAUGGCGCUCGUGCUGGAGUGCCUCAUAGGACGGCUCCAGGGCCGGGAGAGUGUGGGUCACGCGACGGAACAGGAUGAUGCUGCUGGCAGGAAAGACCAUUCCUCCAGGGUGCAGGUUACCAUCGGUGGUGUUCCUUCGGUAAGUGGACUGAUACGUUCGCUGCAGGUGCAUUGUGAUUUGAGGAAAGCGGUAAAGCAGCUAGAGACUGAUCUUGAGAUUGCCACCGGCCAGAUGCGACUUUUCGAGCGGCGGUUCGUCGUCAAGCUGCAGGAGCGCUCGCUGCGCGCGCUUGACGGUAUACUGAUGCUGCUGAAACGGAACCACACUGCGGUGGCCAAAGUGUGCCUGCAAAUAAAAACCAUGCGUCAGAAGCUAAAACUCGCGCAGAUUGAUCUGACCGCCAUCCUGCGCCUGUUUCAUCUCUGCUACAGCCAUGCGGCCAAUGCACCGGGCGGAAAGUAUCUCGAGCACCUUACCGCACUGCUAGCCCACUCCGUGCUGGACAGUACGGAGCAGAGCUACGAAGAGAUGAUGCUGCCAGUGGUACGCUUUCUCCACCAGACGGGACCGCUGAAAAACACCACCGAACAGUCGGAGUCAACGCCGUUCGAUGAGGCGUUCUUCUACACCGCCAAACAAACCGACCGCGAUCCGGUCGACCUGUCCGCCCACAGUCAUCUGCUGCAGGGUCAGCUGCAACGUUUGCUCGGUAGGGUGAACGAUCGCAUUACCGCCGCUACGACGGCGCGAUCGUCCGGAAGUGGCAGCGGUCGGAACAGUGUCGACUUUGAGGAUCAACCACUGCCAGAAGCGCACAACGAAGAGGCAGAAGAGGAAGAGGAGGAGGAUGAAAAGGGCCAGAAUGAAGAAGCGAACCGCCCGACCGAUGGCAGCGCUGGUGUAGAGGAGUUCGCCCAACUCAGUGCCACCGCUAGUGAGUGGGUUAACUACGAAAAGAUAUCCGAUUUGCCGCUGUAAGAGUCUUUCUUUCCACCUGGAAUGAAGUUUGUUAUUUUGUCGAUAGUUUGUUCUUUUCUUUUUUGCUUUUAUUAUCACUUCACUUUCCUCCCCACACCGACCACAGACUUUGCGCGGGUAAAGCGCCCUUAGAGCUAGUAGGGGAAUUAUUCACCCCGAUCACACCCGCGAUGGGAGUGUUAGCGUCACACAAUGAUGUAUUUUAUCCUUGCUUGUUGUUUAAAUUAUUUACUAUUAAUACUUUACGACAGACUACACCUAGUAUAAACAUAUUCCCUUGUGUGUUUUCAUUUAUGCAUAUUUUCUUGUAAGUAGAGUGCGCAAACCAGCGCCUUCUCGCUGGUGUCGCGCUGUCGUGGAAACUAACUAUGGCGAUAAA